AUGCCAAGUUUCGAUGUACCGGGGGAGUUCUUACGACAUGCCGUUUUAGAUACAUUCGUCCCGCAUGCUCCAGGUACAGAUUUGGAGGCGGGGCUGACCUCCGCCUUGGAAGGAGGAGCUGAGGAUCUAUCUUCUGUUCUGUCCUUGAUCCCACAACGUUCUCUUCUAUUCUUUGAUGAGUUCUGCACCGUUCGCGUGGUCCUACGACUCUCCAAUUGCUCUCAGUCCAGCUUGAAACACCAUCUCCAAAACCUCGAAGUUAGACUUGAUGCCUUUGCUAUUGAUCCUGCGGAGACUGUCGCCGAGAACCCAACACCCACUAGAGAUCUAGUCUUUUCAGGGGUUGUCAAUUCGGAAGAGGAACCGCUGGUCGUGGUGAAUGAAUUCGAGGGGGAUACGGGCUCUGGUAAUCAUGUAUACGUGAUUUGGAGCGUCGAAACGUUUCUCAAGCGUCCUCGCAUACGUAUUCAGCACCCGUCGUUUCUCUUUAUUGCAUCGGCCACCCUUAACCCAUCAGAGGCCCGACAGGGAGAAUCUCGUGAAGAUGAUUACCUCCCAUCCCUCGUCCCGGCGUCAACCAAUAUUCUACAGCCUUUGUCGACUGAUAAAGCGUUCCCCCAAAGAGAUCCUUUCCUUCCCGCCUCAAGGCUCUUGCGUGUCGUACCCGCGAAAUACAGCGAAGAUCCUAUAUACAAUGUUGAACAGGAAUCAGGUCAUCCUAUUCGAGUCGUUCCUGCGGCUAGCGCACGGAUACGAUGCUCUCGAUUAAACUCAUAUUCUGGAUGGCCGACGACCAUUGCGAGCCUCGAUUUCGAGGUGACCCCGUUCCUAAGUUGUGAUGUUGUGUUGGACAAGGCAGAUCUUCAAAUAUCAGAUGGAACAAUAGAAAAACUCUCAGAUAUGGAAGAGCUCCUUCCGCCCGUGAGGUGUCGCCCACGGGAUGAUAUCACUUUGAUAUACAAAUUGACACCACAAUAUGGAUCGGAUCAUAAUCCUUUAACAACCGCAAUAAUGAGUUUUUUGGACAUAUCCUUAGAGGCAACGGUUAAGUUGUCUGAAGAUUGUAACCCGCGGAUACUGAUGCGAUGGCGGACGAAUGUUGAUUUUUCUACGGCUCUUAAUCCGACCUUUGGAGGCCCGAGCCAAGCUUUACAACGAAACAACCGUCCUGCAAGUCUCCUUUCUAUGACACCAAACCAAACCAAAACAACAGCUGGGGCACCUCCUCCCAGUAGAAAUUCUCUUAGGGAGAAAGCAUAUUCAGCCUCGGGUCUAGGAGUGAUGAUUUCGUUUUCCGGCCCUCCCAGCGUGGAAGUUGGUAAACCUUUUUCAUGGGAUAUUUUCAUUGUGAACCGUUCGACAAUUCCUCGGAAGUUCGCUAUGGUUGCCAUUCCACGGAGGAAGCGGGCCGAUUCAAGGGGACAUGUAGCUCGGUCCUCCUCUUCGUCAAUUUCCCACCGCAAGGAGGACAAAGUGGCGGAAGCAGUGAUCGAUGACAAUAUUGUCCAUGCAAUGCAGAAAAGUGUAGCAGGGCAAGAAGUCGAACUAGUUAGCUUAAGCACAGAUGUUCGGGUUGGUCCGCUUCUCCCCGGAACAUGUUUCGCGACAGAAUUGAAACUACUCCCCUUGGCGGUUGGCUCUCUUCAUAUGGAGGCCGUGCGUCUUGUGGACCUGAAUACGAAUGAAACGACAGACAUCAGGGACCUGCCCGAUAUCCUUGCAUUCGAUAGAAGAGACACAUCUUGUAAUGGUGUGGAAUAA